AUGGCCGACCACGGCGCAGGUCCUGCAGCAUCCCAGCUCAAACGCAUCCCGCUGGGUGACUGGAGCCGUACCGAGUAUCUUUACAUCCAACUGCAGAGUGAACUGCUCCUUGCCGUUGCAUGUCUGCCCGUCACCCCCCGCCAUCUUAUCGACGACGCGGCUCAGUUUAUUGGUUACCGCAAUUACUUCAAGUCCACCGACGCUGCGACCCGCGAUUACCCGAGCGAGACAGGUAAUGGUGUUGUGAAAGGCACCCAGGCCUUUUUCGACAAGCGCGACGAGCUAUCUGGAUCCGUCAUGUGGGCCCUUCGACAGAAGAGUCUAGCAGUUGUCAACGAAGACUCUGUACCGAGUUUCGACAGCGUUCAAGUUACGCCUGAUAUGUUACAAGAUUAUCGUCAGAUUCGCGAACGCCUUGGCUUCGACACAUACUUGUAUGAUCCAAAGUUGUGGCCUGAACUCUGGGCAUUCCUCCAAGACGCCGCUCGUAACCAGUUUCCUGAAUUCAGCGGAGAUGCUACCCAGGCUGGUUCCGCACAAGAUGUCGGUAACAAUGGCGACGUGGACGUCGACAUGUAUUCCAAUCCCACCGUCGCACCCGGUCCUGUCAAUGACACGGCAGCCACAUCGGACCACGGCCCAGCAGAUGGGGAUGAGAUGCCUGGUGCCGAUGCUGACGCGGAUGAGGAAGGGGACGCCGAAGACAACACUGAAGACGACGAAGACGACGAGGACUCGGGAGCGGCCCGGCCAGCAGCCCAGCCAGCGACCCGCCAAGGCCCAGAUGACUUCGUACUAGAGACGGGAACUGUCCGGUGCACUGAGUGGUCGAAGGAGACAAACUCGCGAUGCAAGCGACAUGCAGACAACGAGAACGAAGACCGCCGGACGUGGAGAUGUCACAACCAUGAUCCGGUGAGGAAGGCCAAAAUCAAGGCUGAUCGUUUGGCGAGGAACCGCGCGGCGAAGGCGGGAAAGAAAGGAAAGAUGGCGAAGAAAGCUGGAGUAACGAAGCCAAAACAGCAGAAGAAGAAUGCGGGCAAGAAAUCAGCAAAGUGA